AGGCUCUUGGAAACGUCAAACCAACGCGGGUCAACUUGACCGCCUUCGAGAACGAGUUGGGCGUUCAGGCGCCCGUCGGCUUUUGGGACCCUGUAGGAUUUACCUCUGACGGCGAUGUAGCUACGUUCAAGCGCCGCCGAUCCGUGGAAUUGAAGCAUGGACGCAUCUCGAUGAUGGCCACCAUGGGAUAUAUCACUCCAGAGAUCACCGGCAAACUGCCUGGAUUCCUUUCUCCAUCUGCUGGCCUCAAGUUCGCUGACAUCCCUAAUGGGCUUGCGGCAAUCUCGAAGGUGCCAGUGGCAGGAUGGGCUCAGAUCGCUGCGUACUUUGGCUUUGUCGAGUUCAGCGGUGGCUUCGAUGACUACAAGAGCGGCACUCCUGGUGACUAUGGGUUCAAGGUCUUGACUUCUUCUGAUCCCGAGGAGAAGACCAAGAAGCUGUCGGCCGAGCUGGCCAACGGCAGACUGGCCAUGAUGGCGAUCAUUGGCAUGUUCUUUCAGGAUGGCUUGACUGGAAGCGCCUGGGGUGACUGGGCCAACUACACUGCUUCUCCCUUGCGUGCCUUCGAAAAGGAGCUGGGUGCACAGGCACCUUUGGGCUUCUGGGACCCAUUGGGCCUGUCCUCUGAUGGCGACCUGUACUCUUUCAAGCGCCGCCGAUCCGUUGAGCUCAAGCACGGUCGCAUCUGCAUGUUGGCAACCAUGGGCUACAUCACCCCAGAGGUUGCUGGCAAGUUCCCUGGCUACUUGUCCCCUUCCAACAAGUUGCUCUUCUCUGACAUUCCGAACGGUCUUGCUGCCAUUUCCAAGGUUCCAUUGGCCGGCUGGAUUCAGAUCUUUGGCUACUGCGCUUACUGUGAGAUUUCAGCAGGAUAUGAUGCAGAUGUAAACAAGCGCACUCCUGGCGACAUGGGAUGGAACCCACCUAUCUUCUCCGGAAAUGACCCUGAGACCAAGACCCGGCGAUUGAAUGCCGAGUUGGCGAAUGGACGCCUGGCUAUGAUGGCCAUCAUCGGCAUGUUUUUCCAGGAUGGCUUGACUGGAAGCGCUUGGGGCGACUGGGCCAACUACACAGAUUCUCCUCUGCGCGCCUUCGAGAAUGAACUCGGCGUGCAGGCGCCCGUGGGUUUCUGGGAUCCCGCAGGUUUCACGGCCGACGGAAGCGUGGAAGACUUCAAGCGACGUCGUGCUACCGAGAUCAAGCAUGGUCGCAUUUCGAUGUUGGCCACCAUGGGAUACAUCACCCCAGAAAUCACUGGCAAAUUCCCCGGCUACUUAUCUCCGUCCGCCGGUCUGAAGUUCGCCGAUGUGCCUAAUGGUUUGGCUGCCAUCUCAAAGGUUCCAGCUGCAGGAUGGGGUCAGAUCUUGGCCUACAUGGCUUUCUGCGAAGUCUCCCAGGAACAGACCCCAGGAACUGAUGCAUAUGCUGGAGACUUUGGAUUCAAGGUGUUGACCGCGGCUGACCCAGCUGAGAAAACCAAGAAGCUCAAUGCCGAAAUUGCAAACGGAAGACUGGCGAUGAUGGCCAUCAUCGGCAUGUUUUUCCAGGAUGGUCUGACCGGAAGCGCCUGGGGAGACUGGGCCAACUACACAGCAUCUCCUUUGCGCGCCUUCGAGAAUGAACUCGGCGUGCAGGCCCCCGUGGGUUUCUGGGAUCCCGCAGGUUUCACGGCCGACGGAAGCGUGGAGGACUUCAAGCGACGUCGUGCUACCGAGAUCAAGCAUGGUCGCAUUUCGAUGUUGGCCACCAUGGGAUACAUCACCCCAGAGAUCACUGGCAAAUUCCCUGGCUACUUAUCUCCAUCAGCUGGUUUGAAGUUCGCCGAUGUGCCUAAUGGUUUGGCUGCCAUCUCAAAGGUCCCAGCUGCAGGAUGGGGUCAGAUCUUGGCCUACAUGGCUUUCUGCGAAGUCUCCCAGGAACAGACCCCAGGAACUGAUGCAUAUGCUGGAGACUUUGGAUUCAAGGUGUUGACCGCGGCUGACCCAGCUGAGAAAACCAAGAAGCUCAAUGCCGAAAUUGCAAACGGAAGACUGGCGAUGAUGGCCAUCAUCGGCAUGUUUUUCCAGGAUGGUCUGACCGGAAGCGCCUGGGGAGACUGGGCCAACUACACAGCAUCUCCUUUGCGCGCCUUCGAAAAUGAACUCGGCGUGCAGGCCCCCGUGGGCUUCUGGGAUCCCGCAGGUUUCACGGCCGACGGAAGCGUGGAGGACUUCAAGCGACGUCGUGCUACCGAGAUCAAGCAUGGUCGCAUUUCGAUGUUGGCCACCAUGGGAUACAUCACCCCAGAGAUCACUGGCAAAUUCCCUGGCUACUUAUCUCCAUCAGCUGGUUUGAAGUUCGCCGAUGUGCCUAAUGGUUUGGCUGCCAUCUCAAAGGUCCCAGCUGCAGGAUGGGGUCAGAUCUUGGCCUACAUGGCUUUCUGCGAAGUCUCCCAGGAACAGACCCCAGGAACUGAUGCGUAUGCUGGAGACUUUGGAUUCAAGGUGUUGACCGCGGCUGACCCGGCUGAGAAAACCAAGAAGCUCAAUGCCGAAAUUGCAAACGGAAGACUGGCGAUGAUGGCCAUCAUCGGCAUGUUUUUCCAGGAUGGUCUGACCGGAAGCGCCUGGGGAGACUGGGCCAACUACACAGCAUCUCCUUUGCGCGCCUUCGAGAAUGAACUCGGCGUGCAGGCCCCCGUGGGCUUCUGGGAUCCCGCAGGUUUCACGGCCGACGGAAGCGUGGAGGACUUCAAGCGACGUCGUGCUACCGAGAUCAAGCAUGGUCGCAUUUCGAUGUUGGCCACCAUGGGAUACAUCACCCCAGAGAUCACUGGCAAAUUCCCUGGCUACUUAUCUCCAUCAGCUGGUUUGAAGUUCGCCGAUGUGCCUAAUGGUUUGGCUGCCAUCUCAAAGGUCCCAGCUGCAGGAUGGGGUCAGAUCUUGGCCUACAUGGCUUUCUGUGAAGUCUCCCAGGAACAGACCCCAGGAACUGAUGCAUAUGCUGGAGACUUUGGAUUCAAGGUGUUGACCGCGGCUGACCCGGCUGAGAAAACCAAGAAGCUCAAUGCCGAAAUUGCAAACGGAAGACUGGCGAUGAUGGCUAUCAUCGGCAUGUUUUUCCAGGAUGGCUUGACCGGAAGCGCCUGGGGUGACUGGGCCAACUACACUGCUUCGCCUUUGCGUUGAGUUGUUUGCACGCCAUUGCUAGCUACAAUUCGAGAUCCUGGAAACCUUCUGGGAUCUGGUAUCAGUCUGGAUGAACCUGUGCAGAUCUGGACUUGAAAAAAAUACCAGGGCUGACUUGCAGAUGUGUCUUGGCAUCAGUAGAUGUAAAGCGUAAAGGUG